GUCCAGUGGACUGAGCCCAGGAUCCAAGGCUGGGCCAGCAGGCCACCAGGCAAUAGUGGUGUCGGUUACCGUCACACUGGGCUGUCUCCUCUGCUCAACUCCAGAUCCAGUCCCAAACCACUCACUUCUUUCAGAGGCUGCGCUGCACUGACUGGAUGGUUGAAGGCCUGAAAAGCUUCUCAAGGUUUUACUGUCUGCUGCAAUACUGUAGAAGUAAACAUGUCAGGAGUUAAUAGUGAUCAGCUGUUCCGCUCCACUUUGGGGAUUUACUCGAACUUGUCUGAUGAAUUCAACCCAAGUUUACAAAGACUGGUUCUACUGGGAAACAGCUUUGUCCAAGCGUUUAAGGCUCUCAUUGUCACAAGUGAAGAUUACUUCAGUGCACUUUCAAAGAUUGGAGAAAAAGCUUUCUACACCGUGUCCUCAAAAUCCCUCGGAGAUGUCCUGAUUCACAUCUCUGAGAGCCAACGAAGACUCACCUUGGAGCUGGAAGCAGUGUUCCACCAGUUCAGUCUGGAGGUUCUGAAGCAGAUGGACAACAACGUUAGACUGGACAAAGACUACAUAUCCAGCAGCAGGGUCCAGUAUGAAAUGGUGGUCCAAAAACAUGCAUCAGCUAUGGGGAGGAAUUCAAGGAGAGGAACCAGUCAGGACUCCAGUGAGUAUGUGCAAUUCCUCCGGGAGAGCUAUGGCGAGGCUUUAAAGGAAGAGGAGAGGCGAUACCGCUUCCUGGCUGAGAAACACUGCGGCCUGAUACAGUCAGUCGCCCGGCUCAUGAAUAAGACGGGAGGAACUCUCCAGCAGAAAGCUGAUGCCUGGACAGAGGAGAUCAAUGCCACCAGACGAUCUCAGAUCAGACAACCUGCUUCUCUGGAUAACACUGUGGGAAUAAGGGAGGAGGAAUUUAGAAGGAACCGAGAGGAGGUGCCCCUUGGAAACAUACCAUCAAGGGCCCCGUCUCCGCAGGGAAGCAUUUCUCGCUUCUCAGUGGACUCGGUGGGAGUUGGCAGUAGAGGAAAAUCAGUGAGGGCCAAACUGGCGCACCAGCCCGCUGACUCCAACCCCACCUUACUGCCCUUUAACAGGGGACAGAUAAUCACUGUGCUGGACCCACGGGCCAGGAACGGCUGGCUGUAUGGACGUGCUGACAGCAGCUCACGUCCUGGAUGGUUUCCAGCCUCCUUUGUGGAAGCGGUGGAUGAUCCUCCAGGCUCACCCAGCACCCGUCAUUCAACUCUCCGAAGCAGCAGCAGCAUGAGCAGCCUGCUGGACCAACCAGCAAAAAGCAGCCAAGCAGUAGCCCCACCCCCUCCACCACCUCCACCACCGCCUCAGUCUUUAUCCUCAAGUAAACCUUCGGAGAAUCGGUCAGUUGCAAAGACUGCUGAUAAAAGGACUGAGUCCUAUUCAGAGAACCCGCAGAAAUCAAAAGCACACGGACGACCAGAGCUCUUCCCAAGGGGCACCAAUCCAUUUGCUACAGUUAAGCUGAAGCCAACAACCACCAAUGACAGAUCGGCCCCUCGUCUACAUCGACGAUGACAUGUCAGCGCUGAAACAAAUGUUUUCAUUUAUCCUGGCAGUUCUUGACCUUGGAAGUAUAAGUUUAUUAUAAGUGGGGUUGUUGUCGGUGCAUCUGCCACAUUGCCUCUCUGUGUUAACACUUACAAACAGGACACGUUUGAGAAUCCUGCUACACCACUUUGCAUCAUCUAAAUUUUUGUUGCAUUAUAAACUCUUUGCAAAAUAGUGAGAACCAUUCAAAAAUAUUUUUAUGUGUUAUAAUAUUAGUCUUAUGAGAUCUGAAGUCCUCAUUCUUUUAUGUGAUAUUUGAUAUACUUCCUCUGCAAAGCUUCUGAACAUCUUUAGAUCUAUAAUGAACAGGCAUCAGAAAUGAUUUGAUAUGCACCAAAAUCUAUUUUCCAGUAGUCUGUGGUCUCGUGUAACACUCAGGGUUGGAUACUCAGUUUAUUGUAACUGAGUUAAUCAUCUUUUUUAAUGUUUUUAUAUUGUAUCUCUAUCAUUUGUAUUCACAUGUUCUUCAUGUGGUAUUAUGUCUGUUGCUAAAUAUUAAUUGCACUGCAAAUGUACUUUUGAAAAUGGCUUGUAGAAAAUGAUCAUAUAACCUCAGGCAGGAAAUAUUUUAUAAGAUUAGGAUAUUAUUUUUCAGGCAGGAAUGUAAUGAAUGAUACAAUGUAUUAAAGGAUAAUGUCGCACCAUCUUUAUAGCUUUUUAUUGUUGCUUUAGGGAAUCUGCAGCUCGUCUUUCAUCUUUGUAAAUAAAUAAAACCUGUUCAUUUGUGUUUAGC